AUGCCUGCGAAAACGCAGGAGUCGAGGAGCGGGUUGACGCUGGAGCAGCUCGCUUCUUACGACGAUGUUAUCACUGACGCGCUGGUCGACAAGGUGCACUUUUGGACCACCAUCCGCAAGAACCGAGGCGGUCGCUUUUCCGCCUCUCGCGGCCUCCACGAGGACGACAUCUCCGAGAUCAUUCGCAAGACGGUCAUCAUCAACAAGGACCCCGCUCAUGCCGUGAAGCAGCUGCUUCAGUUGCCGGGCCUGAAGAAGUAUGUGGGCACUCUGAGAACUGAGAAAGAGAAGGAGCAGUUUUCGCGCCAUUUGCUACGCUACGUGAAGAUGUACUUACCCGAUUGCCCCUUUGAGGUCACUACAACGAACCGCUACACAAUCACCGAACAUGAGGCAUCGGUUACAGCGCGGAAGGAGAUCAAGCCGCGAGAGGAGAUCAAGUACCUCACAGGCGUGCAAGUAGCGAUGACCGAAGAGCAAGAGAAGACUCUGGAGCUGGCGCGCAAGGACUUCAGCCUCGUGAUUUCUAGCAGGAAGAAGACGCGAUCCCUGUUUCUAGGCCCUGCGAGAUUCGCAAAUCACGACUGCGACGCAAAUGCCCGGCUGUCGACCAAGGGGUACGACGGGAUGCAGAUUGUUGCGGUGAAGCCGAUUGAGGUUGGGGAUGAAAUUACCGUGUCCUAUGGAGAGGAUUAUUUUGGAGACGAUAAUGAGGAGUGUCUCUGUCAGACGUGUGAGAAGAGGAACGCGAAUGGCUGGGCGCCAUUCAAGCCGAUUGCAGAGUCCGACGACGAAGACGAUGAGGAGGAGAGUGGGGAAGAUUCAUCAGCGGCUGCUGCGGCCACAAGAACGGCGAAAGGCCUGCUUGCCCCGAAUCCUAGGAAGCGGAAAUUCGAGUCUACAGAUGGACCUUAUGCGGAGGACAUCUCUCGACCAUCCACCCCAGUGUCUAAGAAGAUUAAGGUUGAAAGCGAAAGUCCCAGUCCCGCAUCCCGGCCGUCUAGCCCCGCAACGGAAUCCCCCAGGUCGCAGCGCACUUCGAAGCCACUACGAGAAACUACUCUAAAGAAGAUGUACAGCGUCUCAUCACUCCAAGACAAUAUACCGCUUGCUGGCAUCGAUGAGCUUGGUUCAGAUGCAGCGCAAAAGAUUCGCACUCAACAGUGUGUUGACCUUCUUGCCGUCACCCUUAAUGAAACGGAUUCGUCGAGAGGCAUAUCCCCUGAGAAUUCCACAGCCGCAGAGUCUCCUCCGUCCUCCAUCUCUACCGAUGCCACUUCCCUUGAUGGCGACACUACUCCUCCAGACCUUGAUGCUAAAACUACCGUCAUCGUUAAGCCAUCAUAUGGCGUGGCCACGGUGAAGACGGAAGAAACAACCAUCACAACAUCUCUCGAAACCAUUGUCACUGAAUCCCCUGACGACGCCGCAUCCGACGCCUCCUCCGAACUCAGCGAGCUCCCCUCGGAAUACGAGCUUGACGACAUCAAACGCACAAUCAUCAAGCGCAAGCGGCCCAAAGCCCCGCUCACAAUGCGCACCACACGUUCCCGCGCUUCUCUAAAUCCGGACAUCCUAAACCGCCUCGGCACUCCCAUCGCCACCACCGAUCUCCUCGUCUCCAGCUUUGACCCUGCCAAGAUGAUCGAAAACCCGAGAAAACCAGGCGACUACAUCGAUUCGCCCGCCCUCCUCUCGACCAAGUACAGCAAAUGGGUAGAAUGCCAGACAUGCGACGCCUACUUCGUGCAACGAGACGGUCUCUUGCAAACACGCAAGGAUUGCCCGCGGUGCGAAAGACAUAGUAUCCUGUACGGAUAUGCGUGGCCGAAGACGGAUAAGGAGGGCAAGGGCGAUACGGAGGAGAGGGUGCUGGAUCCGAGGACGGUGCAUCGGUUUGUGGGGCCUGAGGAAGAGAGGGAGAUUAAGAAGAAGGAGGUUCGCGCGAGGGUCAUGCAAAGUGUGGGGGAGAGGAGGAGUUGGAGUCGGGCGGUUUCGGGGUUGAGCACGCCGGGGGUGGAGGAGUGGACGCCGAGGGCGGAGAGGAAGAAGGCAACUCCGAGAGAUAACAAGAGGGGAAGUGUAAAGGAGAAGCAAGAGUUUGUUGUGAAGAAGACUAUCGGGGGAAAAAGGAAGAGAGCCAUGGAGAGCGAGAGCGAGAACGAGAGCUCUGAUACAGAUACUGAGGUCGUGACUACCACGCUAUCCGGGCGGAAGAUCAAGCGCGCGAGGAAGACGAUGUGA